AUUCUGCCAGUCGGGCUCCUACCAAUCGCAAAUCACUUCCUAACCUCCGCCUUUUUAACAUAUUUGAUCACUUUGAUUCUCGCUUCUUUUCCGCUAUUAUUUUCCUUUUCCAUGAAGAGGGUCUGCAGUCGGUGUUUUUUCGUGCUCGUGCUCCUCUCGCGUUCCGGAGACUUCGUAUCACAGGCUCCCCAAACAUUGGCUUAAGCCGCGCGCUGCUGGCGCCGCCGCACAAGAAGACGCGGAACGAGACGCAUUUCACCAGUUGGAGAUUUUCCUCAAGACUUGCUGGAACUUGAUAAGCUGCGGUCUGCUGUGAAUUCGACAUUAUUCCUGCAUCGCUCCGUUGUCUAGCCACCCGCUCCUGCCUUCGUUGAACAGACUUACUGUACCUCAGCUGAUCAUCAUUAAAGAAGCUCACCUUUCCAAUUGAUGGCUCUGCUGGAUGGCUGACUGCAAGCGCCCCUGGACUUGGCCUUUAAGCGCAAGGCAGCGAAUCAGCUCGCCAUCGCAUCAGUUUUGAAGCGUGCAUAGCGCCUACCGUCUACCAGAGCAAUAAUUCCUCAGUGUUCAGGAGUCUUGCUGUGGAUUGCACGUUAGGGUAGAUCGCAGUUUAUUGUGUUUCCUAAUCGCAGUUUAUUGUGUUCCCGUAGAGACUAAAUUGACCGCGACAUCAAAACGGAAGAACAAAAAGUUUCUUAACGCUGAAUGAUAGAUAUGGCAAUGGUAGUGUGGAGAGGCUCCCAGGACGAUGUGGCCGACACCCAAGGCUCCCUCUCCUCGCAGACGCAAGGAGGACUCUCUCUGCCGACUCCUCAGCCGGGCCAGUUGAAUCUGUCCGGUUCUCAGGUUGCUCCGUCCUCCCAGACCACCGUGCAGGGACCCCCGAACAACACGCAGUCCACGCCGACCAACCAGUCGUCGGAGAAGCAGCCGCAGCACAUCGAGUGUGUGGUGUGUGGGGACAAAUCCAGUGGCAAACACUAUGGCCAGUUCACUUGCGAGGGCUGCAAAAGCUUCUUCAAGCGGAGCGUACGAAGGAACCUCACGUACACGUGCCGUGCAAACAGGAACUGUCCGAUCGACCAGCACCACCGCAAUCAGUGUCAGUACUGCCGCCUCAAAAAAUGCCUUAAAGUUGGCAUGAGACGGGAAGUUUCUCUUUUUACUGCAGCGGUGCAAAGGGGACGGAUGCCACCCACACAGCCGCACCAUGGCCAGUUCGCGUUGACAAAUGGGGACCCACUGCACUGCCAUUCCUACUUAUCCGGAUAUAUCUCUCUUCUGUUGAGAGCGGAGCCGUACCCUACGUCCCGGUAUGGCAGUCAAUGCAUGCAGCCCAACAACAUAAUGGGCAUCGAGAACAUUUGUGAACUCGCGGCCAGGAUGCUCUUCAGUGCCGUGGAGUGGGCCAGGAAUAUUCCAUUCUUUCCCGACCUGCAGAUCACUGACCAGGUAGCUCUUCUGAGGUUGACUUGGAGUGAGUUGUUCGUGCUGAACGCCGCACAGUGCUCCAUGCCCCUCCAUGUGGCUCCUCUGCUGGCGGCUGCUGGCCUCCACGCCUCCCCCAUGUCUGCGGACCGAGUGGUAGCCUUUAUGGACCACAUUAGGAUCUUCCAAGAGCAAGUGGAAAAGCUCAAGGCUCUGCACGUCGACUCUGCCGAAUACAGCUGCUUAAAGGCAAUUGUGCUCUUCACGUCAGAUGCCUGUGGUCUCUCAGAUGUGGCCCAUGUGGAAAGUUUGCAAGAGAAGUCCCAGUGCGCCCUGGAGGAAUAUGUAAGGAGCCAGUAUCCCAACCAGCCAACUCGAUUUGGGAAGUUGUUACUUCGCUUGCCUUCUCUCCGCACUGUCUCUUCUUCGGUCAUAGAACAAUUAUUUUUCGUCCGAUUGGUAGGUAAAACCCCAAUUGAAACUCUCAUCAGGGAUAUGUUGCUUUCGGGGAGCAGUUUUAACUGGCCUUACAUGUCAAUUCAGUAAACAGAAGGAAACGAACAAAGGGGCUAGGACUACAAUGGUUAGGUCCUUUGGUAGAAGGAAAACGGCUGUUACACGAGCUUGCUUUCAUGAAGAAAGACAUUGAGGAACAUGACUGUGAAUUAAAAAAUUGAAACCAGUGAACUUCCAAACGCAGAUACGAGCUCCAGCGUUCCGCAGAGCGAGAUGCUUCGAUCCAUUUUUUUAAAGACCGAAGAAAGGGAAAAAACAAAGGGAUUUUCACAAUCCUCGAGGAAAAUUAUAGUAUUAAGUGCAUUUAAAAAUUAAUUUGGGUUAAAAGAAACUCAUUGAGAAAGUCAAAAUUAAGUUCUCAUUCUCAAAUGAUUUGUCCUGUGUCCAUGUAUAGCUGUGUUUUGUACUUUUCUUUGUUUCUCCUUUCUGGUUUCAAACCGGCCCAUGUGAUUCUGUAGUACAGGUGGUGUUAUGUUCUGAGACGGUGAUUAACUUUGAAACACUGAAAUAAUGUAAGAUGUUCCAAAAGAAUUAAAACCACAGCAAUAGGAAUAUAGGCUUAUAAUUUAGGCUUAAUGCUGCAAGCGCACUUAUGUUCUUAUAGGAUGACCAAUAACGUCUGGGGAAGGGUAUAUUGAGUUCCUUAUCAGCUUUAUGACCCUGCAGAAACAUUUCUUGAUCAUAUAAAGUUUGAUAAUUCACUUGUUUCCACCAGGCCAUUUUAGGGUUUACUCCAAAUCAGCUCUUUAAAUGACGAUUUGUGAAGGCGCAAUGUUACAUGUAAAAAUGAGUGCAGAGUUCAUGCUCAUUAAUUUAUUGGAUGCAGUCUGCGCAAUUACCACAAACCAGGUCGAAGUGACAUUCAUUCUCAGUUGGGAGAACCUGUUCUUCCCAGGUUUAACCAGUCCCAGUGUUACGUAUGCUGAGCUGUCUGUAGAACUACGUUUCUUUAAUUGAUGGAGUUUCUUAAUUGAGACAGCACGCCUAUGCUUUAGCAUUAAGUCGUUUGCAGUUGAUUAACAACAAAACAAAAGAAAAAUCCAGGCAUUAGAAUAGCCAGUUUUAAAAUGUGAGAGGUCAAGGGUCAUACAAGUUUGAAGCAUAGCUUGAGUAGCCUAGUGUUUAUGGCAGUAUUAUUAAAACGUCCCUGAAAUGUCACCCUUUAUUCACUUCAAGCAUUAAGUGCCUGACAAGCAUGAUGUAAUUUCUUAUCAAAACGUUGUUAAAGUAGUCCUAAAACAUUUUGGAAACAUAAUUAGAUUAAAAUCCUCGGCCGUAUGCUUGUGUAUUUCACUUGAAAACAUUGAUUAGAGGCAGUAUUCUUGUAAAUAUAGGUCAAUUCAUUUCAACAAGUUUUUUCUUUAUACAAAGUAUAUGUGAUUAAGAAAAUCUGUGGUUGCCAUUUUUUCGGUAAUACAACGUCUUCAAAUUGAGUGGCAGACUUAGCUAGUAGCACUGAAAGUUAUGUUUUUAAUGUAUAUACAUAUUACGACAAAUGUUUUCUUUUUCAUGUAUAUUUAGACUGUGAAUGCAUGGCCACAGGUCGCUAACCUAUUUUACCUUUGAUAUAUAUAAAUGUAAAUGUUUUUUGACUGUAUAGAUAUAAUCUGUGCAUUCAGUACACUAGCCCUUGUAGGCUAUUUCAAACUAAAAGGAAGAACACGUGCGAUAUUAGGCUGAAACUAAACAGGGUGAGCCGCUUUGAGAAGGAGUUGCUAUUUUAAGUUAGCUUCACGCUCUUUGGUCUUUGACAAACGCUGCGGUGUGUGUGUGUGUGUGUGUGUGUGUGUGUGUGUGUGUGUGUGUGUGUGUGUGUGUGUGUGUGUGUGUGUGUGUGUGUGUGUGUGUGGGUGAGUGUUUGUGCGCGCGCGCGUGUCUGCGCACGUAUGCACGCGUGCGUGUGUCCGUUUGGUUGUGUGACUGUACAUGUGAGUUUGCGCGAGCACAUGUGUUUGAGAGCUAGCAAUUUUGUCUUUGUUUUGGCGCUUUUCUUCAACACACGAGACACGUUGUUGUGGUUGAAUAAAAAGGGAUCACAUUGUGUAGCUGAUUGAAUACUGUUCUUUGGCUGUUUAUUGCCACAUGAGGACCAGAGAAUGAUACAUGAUUGUAAUUAUGAACAGUUUAAACUGGCCCACGUUUUUAUAUAAAUAUAUAAAAAUAUAUGACUGCAGGGUAUUGAUAACGUAUAGAUACUUUUUUUAUGAUUAUCAUUAUUAUCAUUAUUAUUAUUAUUAUUAAUUGCAAGUGAUAUAUGUGUGCGUGUGUGAAAGUUAAUAGUUGAACACAAUUCUUGUUUGUUUGUGUUAGCUUAUUGUAAACGAGCAUUCUGCUGUAAAUUUGUUCUUGGUAUUAAAUUAUAAUUUAUGAAUUUGAAAA